AUGGCAGAGCCUGCCUCGGCCGUCCUGAGUUUUGUUGUCGCCGGACUUGCAACCUGGAAAAGAAUCGAAAGGAUCAUCAACUCGGCAAAGAAUGCGCCACGAAAUGUCAAACAUUGGAAGGUGGUGGGAGGACUGUUAACCCAAUCCCUUACUGUGAUGCAGAAGAGGAUUGCCCUUCGAGAGGCAGAUUUGACCAAGACAGAGGUGAAUCUUUUUGAAGCCAUCAGAAAGUUUACAAACGACUUCAAAAGUGAUCUCUUAACCUUGGAAAAAACAAUACAGACACAAAGCAGGAGUAAUAGAUAUUGGAACGCAAUCCGACAGCCGUCUGGACCGGAUCAAGAUCUAUUCGAAAGAGUCAGUCGCAAUGUUCAGAUCUUCCAACUAAGCGCUCAAGCUCUACAAUUACUAGACCCGUUGCAUGCUGUUCCUAGCCGCGGAGUCAAAGACUUGCUAGAGGGCAUCAGCGAAGAGAAACUCAGGGUUAACCCAACCGAACGAGUAAACAUCGACGAAGAGCCCGACCUGAGAAGUUGGAGAGAGGCGAUUGAAGAUGUGGCAGAUGCCGCAGUCCAAAGCGAGUUUCCCGACCCCAUAGCUGAUAUCUCAGCAAUAGCGGCGCCAAAUGCACCUAAUAGGGACGAAAUACCAAGACGGCUUUCAGGCAUCACUGCCAAAGAGUUGAGAUACAGAUUUGACGCGGCGAUCUUGAGAGCGGAACGAAUGUACAACGCUGGGAUACCGGAACUUGCGAAAAGACAAUACGACAAAGCAAUGAAAUACAAAGGACGAAUGGACGAAAGUGCCAUGAGCGAUGUGGAUUUGGUGGGCCUGGAGAUAUCCUACAUCAAAACCCUUAACGCCUGUGAGCCAUAUGACAAGUCGUGUGAAGCCCUUGCUUUCGAACGGUUGCAAAACCUCAAGAAUAAGCUUAUCGGACAAUCCGGCUCCAAUGACGACCUACAACAUCGCACUAAACAGAAAGAGGCGGUUGGGUUUCUGUGUAUCGACCUGCGCGACCGCAAAGGAGCGAUAAAGCUUUUGCGAGAAUCGCUCGAUGGUUACUUGUCUAAGCCGGACGAGUUUAGGGAGAAGAUAAGGCUGAUAUCGAGGGUGAUAUGUGAGCAGUAUGGGUAUGAAGGGAAAUGGCAUAAGCUCGAUGCUUUCAAGAGGUUACUGUCCGAGAAUCCGCGGUAUGACCCCACUUGGGAACGCAGUACACUUGAAAGAACGAUCGCAUGGUGCCGUGAACACGGGUUCCAAGCUAUGGAGGAUAAAGGAAGCCUUUUUAUACCCAAGGACAAUUUCGCCAACACAACGCCACUCCACAAGGCAGCUACAGACACAAAGGUUCCGCCGGAUAUUGUUCGUCAGCUCAUCCUCGCAGUGGAACAUGCGAUACAGGAUAAGGACGGCGACACGCCUUUACUGGUGGCUGUUCAACACUCCAACAAUACAGCACUGCGAGAACUGUUGCGAGUUACUGACUCCGUCCAUGUGUGGAAUGCCAAAGGACAGACGCCACUACACUUGUGCGAGAACGAGGCGACGUUAAAGUUACUACUCGAAGAGAUUCAGAGGCCGAUUCCUCGUUCACCACCACAAGAACGAAAACGAAAAGCGAGAGUCAAGCUCAUCAAUAUAGACUCACUCGAUGCCUAUGGCUCAACAGCUCUGCAUCAGGCAUGCGACAAAGGAGACUUGGGAAUGGCUAGACUGCUGAUAGAAGGAGGCGCAAAUGUCAAUCUAGUCUCCGGACUGAACGAAACACCUCUAAUGAUCACAUGCGCUCCAAGCGGGUCCAAGGGCAAAGGGAAAUUGAAUAAAGACAGGCAACAGAUCUUGGAGAUGCUGGUGAAUCGCAAUGCAAACACGGAAUGUAAGGAUAGCCAAGGAAAGCCGGCGGUACACCAAAGCCUUAAGAAGAGACUGUACAGCGAGGCGGAGAUUGAAGUAAUGCUUUCUCCAGACCCAGGUUGGCGCUUCAAUAGGAGUCGGGACAAAGGGAGAAACUCACAGUCUUCCGCAGUCACUGGUGCUACUAUGUCACCCGUUGAACUGGCGGUAGACACCUCAACGGAGCCAUUCGAACUUGAAGCAAUCAAUGGAGGCGUCUUGACACCGCCUUCUAGCUGUGACGAACCGAUUCAUUCAGCUUCCUCCUUUUCUGGGCCCCAGGUGGAAGAGAUAGAGUGGUCAAUGUCGGGUGCACUCCCGGCUGGACCGUCCGAAGCGCCUCAACCAUCAGGCCAAAAGUUCUUGGCGAGGGAAAAGGAAGGAAUUAUACAAAGAAUGACGAGAAGAGGAACGAACAGACUAAGACAACGGCAUUAG